CUAACCCCUCCCUUCUCGCUCUGGUUCUCCCUUGUCCCUGUCUCUUUCUCCCAUCCUGUCAGUGCUGUAGCUUGUAUUGGAGGUUAACAAUCCUCCCAUAGACCGAGAGAGACCCGGCCCGCCGUACCCCUUACCGAGGCUUGGAGCUCCCUCUCAGCCAUGGCUACUAUCGUUACCUCCACCCGAUUUACAGAUGAAUACCAACUCUACGAGGAGCUCGGGAAGGGAGCGUUUUCAGUGGUGCGGAGAUGUGUGAAGAAGUCGUCAGGUCAGGAGUUCGCUGCCAAAAUCAUCAACACCAAGAAACUGUCUGCCAGAGAUCACCAGAAGCUGGAACGAGAGGCUCGCAUUUGCCGUCUUCUCAAGCACCCUAACAUAGUGAGACUACAUGACAGCAUCUCGGAGGAAGGCUUUCACUACCUUGUCUUUGACCUGGUGACAGGAGGAGAGUUGUUUGAAGACAUCGUUGCUAGGGAGUACUACAGCGAGGCGGAUGCCAGUCAGUGUAUCAACCAGAUCCUGGAGAGUGUUCAGCAUAUCCACCAGCAUGACAUCGUCCACAGGGACCUCAAGCCUGAGAACCUGCUGCUGGCCAGUAAGAUGAAGGGAGCAGCAGUGAAACUGGCAGACUUUGGCCUUGCCAUUGAGGUGCAGGGAGACCAACAGGCAUGGUUUGGUUUUGCAGGCACUCCUGGCUACCUGUCUCCUGAGGUCCUUAGGAAGGACCCCUACGGCAAGCCUGUGGACAUAUGGGCCUGUGGUGUAAUACUGUAUAUCUUGUUGGUUGGCUAUCCUCCAUUCUGGGAUGAAGACCAACACAAACUCUACCAGCAGAUCAAGGCUGGGGCCUAUGACUUUCCUUCACCUGAGUGGGACACAGUUACGCCAGAGGCUAAAAACCUUAUUAACCAGAUGUUGACUAUUAACCCCUCCAAGAGAAUCACUGCUGAUCAGGCUCUCAAGCACCCAUGGAUUUGCCAACGCUCCACUGUGGCUUCCAUGAUCCACAGGCAGGAGACGGUGGAAUGUCUGCGCAAGUUCAACGCUCGGAGGAAACUCAAGGGAGCGAUCCUCACCACAAUGCUGGUGUCAAGGAACUUCUCAGUGGGCCGGCAGCAUACCAACCCUGCUGCUGUGUCCUCCACUGCCGCGCUGGCACAGGAAGCAUGCAAAAGUUUACUUAACAAGAAGCUGGAUGCUGCUAAGCCCACGACCAACAACAACAGUAAGAACAGCAUAGUGAGUGCCAUCAACGCACUGAAGGACAACAGCAUGGCUGCCUCACAGAUGGAAUCUCAAAACACAGUGGUUGCUGCUGAUGGGAUCAAGGGCUCCACGGAGAGUUGCAACACAACUGAGGAUGAGGAUAUGAAAGCGGACAGCGUUGUGAUGAUGAGUCAGGGCAGUGCUACUGAGGAGAUGCCCCCCCUACUGACUUCGUCUGACAACUCGCCCGCCACCAUUCCUCUGCAUGACGUAAAGCGCAUGGCGUGGAACAGCUCUGAUCAAGGUUCCAACCCUGAGCCGGGGCACGCUCAGUCUGCUUCGCCCGCUGCUCCACUAGGGAGCAACACUGUCCCUGUCACAGCCAAUAGCAACACACUUCACACUCGUAAGCAGGAGAUCAUCAAGAUAACUGAACAGCUGAUUGAGGCUGUGAACAAUGGAGACUUUGAAGCCUACACGAGGAUUUGUGAUCCAGGGCUGACCUCCUUUGAGCCUGAAGCCCUAGGGAACCUGGUGGAGGGCAUGGACUUCCACAAGUUCUAUUUUGAAAACUUGCUGAGUAAGAACAGUAAGCCGGUCCACACCACCCUGCUGAACCCACAUGUUCACCUUAUUGGAGAGGAGGCAGCCUGCAUCGCCUACAUUCGCCUCACGCAAUUUGUUGACGCCCAGGGCCGUCCCCGCUCCAGCCAAUCGGAGGAAACUAGGGUGUGGCAUCGCCGCGACAGCAAGUGGCUCAAUGUCCACUUUCACUGCUCCGGGGCUCCGGCCGCACCUCUGCAGUGAACUGGUGUCCAAACGCUCCAGUCUGUUGGAGUGUGAGUUUUGGGGGCGUGUUUUCGGCGAGUGUGUUUUGGGGGCGUGUCCUCUUUGUGGAUUGGCCAAUGCCAGGAGCCCGGCCGGGCAAGACCGCAAUCUUUCCACAACACCAACCAAUCCUGUCUCCUUUGAUCCGCUGGGGUCUGGCCGAGUGUGGACUCCGCCCCUGUGGGAUGAUGCAUGCAUCUGACGUCCAAUAGGAGGGCUCGUCCUUUGACCUCUGACCCCUCCCACCCGGCCGCCAUUUUGUCUCCCGUCCAUGGCAGCCAUUUUGAGAUGAGAGGAGUGGGGAGGAAGGGGUUAAUGAACUUGUGAUGACAGUUAUGAGAAUGAGUUAUGAGUAUACAGUGUAAUAUAUGAAUAGUAGCAGACAACACCGUCCUAACAAGCAUUUCUAUAUAUAAAAUGAGAAGGGAUGAAAUGAGAGAGAGCGAGUGUGUGUUGGUAGAGGUGGACGUGUUUGACAGGUUGGUUUGCUCUGUUUCUCUGGAAAUGGAGAAUUCCCUAGCAGAAUUCUAUAUGAAUGGACAGUCGGUUCAAUCAAAAGAUGUAAGAACUUGAUGCGAGGAAAAACUUGAUAUCAAAUGGUGACUCACCAAAGUGUAGAACUUUAGGCUUUUUACACGUUUCUGUGUUGUUACUGUUUUUGUUGGUUUGUUUGUUUUCAGAGAGAAGGGAAAGUUUGGGUGCAUUCAAGGGAGUUGUGUUCCUGUUGUGUUUUCAGCCUUGUGAGUAUGUUUCUGUGGAGUGGGUCUGACUGAGUCUGUUUCAGGCAAAUUUUAGGUGUCCUGAGUUUUAAAAUGGUUUUUAUUGUGAAAGUGAAGCUGCAGUGUCUGUUAUAUCUGUCUGCAGUAGGAGAGGACAUUUGGGGAAAAGGUGUUUGCAUUUUGCAUGUUUUCCCUCCUGUCUCCUGCUUUCUUGCCCUGUUUUCUCCUUCUCUAAGCCCCUCCCAUCUCUCAACCCUCUGGCUUUGUAUGUAUAAAUGUGUAUGUAGCCUAUAUAUACCUGUAUCAAUGUCUGAGACUCAGUCAGAGUGCAUGACAAAGGGGUGGAUUCUGUCUUGCCAGGUUUUUUGUAACUACUUCAAAUGUGCGCACGCACACACACACUAUUCUGAGAAAAAAAACGUCCAGAGGCCUGACCUCUGUGUGGGUGACACAAUAUAAUGUCACGAUGACGAGCAACUCCCUUGCACGAGCGCAUAGUAACACACACACACACACACACCUCUCCCACAUUUGUAUUCCACCCCCAUGUCCCAAGCUGCCAGUCUCACACAUGCUGUGUAGAUACAUAUCGUGUACACACUUGCUUACACACGUGCGCGCACACACACACACUGCAGUGUGUCAAGCUUUGUAACAUAUCUUCAGUGCACUGUGCCCAUAGUGAAAUCCUGGCAGUGUGUGUCAUAUUUCUAUCUGUUCUUAGUGCAACGCCCCUCCAUUAGUACCUAUGUCUCUCUGUUACUCUGUUUGUAAAGCCGUCUGUUUCUCUGUGUAUGUAUAUGUGUGUCUGUCUGUUUGCUGGUUUGGGUUUUAACAAUGUUUUAUUAUUAUUAUUUUUUUUUUAUUGGUGUGCUGUUUGGAUAGUUCUGCACUCUAUACGUGCGUGCGCACACACACACACACACACACACACACACAAACAAGCGCAUGCGCACACACACCAAAGUUACGCAUACCAUUUAACUGAUUAGAGUAGCUGGUUAGAAUAUACCAGGGAAGGGAGGGUCUUAGCAGAUCAGUUGUUGAUUAUACAAAUCUAUUACGCACACAAAGGGAAUAGUGGGUGAAUGAGGAGACAUCAUUUUGAUUAAGAGUAAAUUGAUUAAUUGUAUUUCAUCCCCUCAGUGGUAUUUUAGUCCUUAUAUUAUUGCCCAUUCAGGUGAGAGAAGAGCGUUAGAGAGAGAGAGAGAGAGAGAGAGUUAGAGUGAGUUAGAGAUCAGAGAAGUAUUUAUGCAGUUAAACCAGAGAGAGAUGUAUGCAUGUUUCAGUUUAAGCAUCUCCACAGUGCACCUACAUGAACUAGGGUGGAGGACAGGGUUUAUAAUAACUAUAUAUCAUAUUUGCAUCUUUUGAAAUGAAACCAAAACCCGCCUCCAUCCACAAUACUGAAUAUUGAAUAGAUAAUAAAAACAAAAUAAAAAAAAUAUAAAUAUUUAAUUAAAAGGAUUGAGGAGCCUUAGCUCGGUAUAAAGCUCAUUGUUAGUACUCUCCCUGCGUUGUGAUGUUAACCUGUCGGGCUGCGCUUUCUUUCCUCAGCCGUCGUUGGACGCUGGAGUUUUUUUGCAUGAUCAUGAUGUACGGUAAAAUAAAAGCCUAAAUUCAGGACCAUCACGUGUUUGUCCGAAUGUUAGUAGGUCCUUUAUCAUAGCUUUGUUAUUCUUCAAAAGUUGGGUCUUCAAAGUAUUUAAUAAAAAUACUAUUUCAGCAAC